CGCCCCUCCACCACUCUCCGCUCUGCUUCUGCAACUGUCCCCGCCGUCUAUGGUUCCACGAAAAUCCUAGAAAUCGCGUGGACUCGUACAUGUAUAUGUGUAUAGAUCUAUAUGAAUGUAUUUGUUAUGUGUAUGUUAUGAAUGAGUGAUUGUAGCUAGCUAGUUUGAGAAAAAGAUGCCACUGAUUCGAAGAAGAAAAAGAUCGGAGAAUGAAAAACCUUCGACUUCAGAUUCGAAUUCACAAGAAGAAGACGAUAAGAAGAAGACUGUGACAGAGGAGAAAUCCCGAGAUAAAAGCAAAAAAGACAAGAAGUGGUCAUGUAUCGAUAGUUGUUAUUGGUUUAUUGGAUGCAUAUGUACGGUGUGGUGGAUUUUGCUGUUUCUUUACAAUGCGAUGCCGGCGUCGUUUCCGCAGUACGUUACGGAGGCGAUAACGGGGCCGUUGCCGGAUCCACCGGGAAUUAAAUUGGCAAAAGAGGGCUUGAAGGCGAAGCACCCGGUGGUGUUUAUGCCGGGGAUUGUGACAUGUGGGCUUGAGCUUUGGGAGGGACAUCACUGUGCAGAGGGCUUGUUCAGGAAGCGGCUUUGGGGUGGCACGUUUGGGGAAGUGUACAAGAGGCCUUUAUGCUGGGUGGAGCACAUGUCACUUGACAAUGAAACUGGGCUGGAUCCUCCUGGUAUAAGGGUCAGGCCUGUCAGUGGACUUGUGGCUGCUGACUACUUUGCUGCAGGAUAUUUUGUCUGGGCAGUUUUGAUUGCUAACUUGGCUCGAAUUGGCUACGAGGAGAAAACAAUGUAUAUGGCUUCAUAUGAUUGGAGACUUUCAUUUCAGAAUACUGAGGUGCGGGACCAAACAUUAAGCCGGCUAAAAAGUAAUAUAGAAUUGAUGGUUGCUACAAAUGGUGGCAAAAAGGUGGUGGUUAUUCCACAUUCAAUGGGUGUUUUGUACUUUUUGCAUUUUAUGAAGUGGGUGGAGACACCAACACCCAUGGGUGGUGGAGGUGGAUCAGAUUGGUGUGCUAAGCAUAUAAAGGCAGUGAUGAACAUUGGUGGUCCGUUCUUAGGUGUUCCGAAAGCUGUUUCAGGGCUUUUCUCUGCUGAAGCACGGGAUAUUGCAGUUGCCAGGGCUAUUGCACCUGGUGUUCUGGAUAAGGAUGUAUUUCACAUUCAGACACUGCAGCACAUAAUGAAGAUGAGCCGCACAUGGGAUUCAACCAUGUCGAUGAUUCCAAAAGGUGGGGACACAAUUUGGGGUGGUCUUGACUGGUCGCCUGAGGAAGGUUUUGUUCCUGGCAAUAAAAAGCAGAGAAACAAUGAUUCUCAGGUUUCAGCCCAAAAUGAGGCUGGAAAUCUAGUUUCUGAAAGAAAACAUGUUAAUUAUGGUCGGAUUAUAUCCUUUGGAAAAGAUUUGGCGGAGGCACGGUCAUCAGAGAUUGAGAGGAUUGACUUUAGGGAUGCUGUAAAGGGUAAUAAUGUUGCAAAUACUUCUUGUCGCAAUGUGUGGACAGAGUACCAUGACAUGGGAUUUGGGGGUAUUAAAGCUGUGGCAGAAUACAAAGUUUACACAGCUGGAGAAAUUUUGGAUUUGCUUGAAUUUGUUGCUCCGAAAAUGAUGGCACGUGGCAGUAAUCAUUUUUCGUAUGGGAUAGCUGAGAAUUUGGAUGACCCGAAGUACAAACAUUACAAAUAUUGGUCAAAUCCAUUGGAAACAAAGUUACCAAAUGCUCCUGACAUGGAGGUAUAUUCAAUGUAUGGAGUUGGCAUCCCAACCGAAAGAGCAUAUGUUUACAGGCUGACUCCCUCUGCGGAGUGCCACAUUCCAUUUCAGAUAGAUACCUCAGCAGAUGAAGGAGAAGACGAUAGCUGUUUGAAAGAUGGAGUUUUUCAUGUUGAUGGGGAUGAGACUGUUCCUGUUUUAAGUGCAGGCUUCAUGUGUGCGAAAGGAUGGCGUGGGAAAACCAGAUUCAAUCCUUCAGGGAUUCGUACUUACAAUAGGGAGUAUGAGCAUGCUCCUCCAGCUAAUUUUCUCGAAGGUCGUGGGAGCCUGAGUGGUGCUCAUGUUGACAUAAUGGGUAAUUUUGCUUUGCUCGAGGAUAUAAUACGAGUUGCAGCUGGGGCCACUGGUGAAGAGUUAGGAGGUGAUCAAGUUUACUCAGAUAUCUUCAAGUGGUCUGAGAAGAUAAACUUACCUCUGUAA